AUGUUCCAAAUUAUCAAGAACUGGUUCCAAUCAGCCGAAGGGCCCAGUGCCGAGAGCAAAUGGGACGCCAAUACCGUCACUAUUCAGCAACCCAACAGCCCAUCGGCCCCCGAGAUGAGCAAUACUAUCACGAAGCAGCCAGGAGCAUCCCAGUCUAUGGAUGUCCACAUGCGGGGUGGAGGUGCGGGUGAGGGUAUCUGCUGUGGAAUGUGA